AUGUCCCAAGUACCCCCACGAACCACCCCCACGCCGAUGCACGAGAUGCCUGCGCCUCCGACCGCGAGCUUGGAAACACCCGCCGAUUACAAAAAGACUUUCAGAGACAGAAAAACCGUCAGCAAAUUUGCCGAUCCAUGUGAGGAAGCCAGAAAAGCCUCGCUCCUGUGUCUCGAAAAGACACACUACAAUCGUUCAGAAUGUCUCGACUUUUUCACCGCGUACAAGAACUGCAAGUCCAACUGGAUGGCUCAACGGAGAGAAGAUAGGGUUAAGGGAAGAGAUUUCGAAUGA